AUAAAAAAUAAUAGUGGGACGGAAGGAAGGAAGGAGGAUUUGGAGAAAAGGAGUUUUGCGCGUUUCCGAGCUGUCAGCCAUUUGAAGGGAUCGUGUCUUUCUGUCAUCUAUCUGUUUGCAAUUUGAGUUGAGCUCACAAUCACAUCACACUCUCAUUCCAUUACCUGCUGCUGCUUCUUCUUCUUCUCUUCAUUUGCCAAAAUUAAAGAGGUUUUCAAUUUAACUUGGUGGUUACAAAAGAAGAUCUACUCUGUGUUGCUCAGACGAACUGAGCAACGAUGGCUAUGCCUUUCAAUCACCCACUCUCUCUCUCUUGUGCUAUUCUUCUCUUCAUGUCUCUCUCCGUUUCUGCCGCUUCUCUUUCUGACACAAUUUUCGAUUCUCAGGCGCAUACGGCUCGCCAUCUUCUUCAGGCUAAGAGAGGUUGUUCUGUGAAUUUCGAGUUCGCGAAUUACACAAUAAUCACAAGCAAAUGCAAAGGACCCAAUUAUCCACCCAAAGAAUGUUGUGGGGCAUUCAAAGAAUUCGCAUGCCCUUACGCCGAUGUGUUGAAUGAUUUACAGAAUGAUUGCGCUUCAACCAUGUUCAGUUAUAUUAAUCUCUAUGGACAAUACCCUCCUGGCCUCUUUGCUAGUGAGUGCCGUGAAGGGAAGGAAGGUCUUGCCUGUCCUGCAUUGCCGCCAUCCGCAUCUUCUGAUGAUACAGCAAAUCAAGUUAUACAUAAGCCAUCUCUACUGCUGAUGAUCACAACCUGCUUCUUAAUUUUGUUACUCUGAUGUUUCAGUGGCUAAUUUUCAUUCAUUUUUUUAUACCAACAUGAUUGUGCUAGAGCUCAAAACAUUAGCAUGCAAUCGGAUUAGUCUCCCCCUUUUCGAUUUUACAGUUCCAUGUAGUAAGCUCUGCUGUAUGCGAGUGUUGGUAACUAAUUGCAAGCUUGCUUGGAACUUGUAUAUUGUCUGAAAAGGAAUGUGCCUACUCAUAUAUUUUUAUUGGGAAUGGAUCCUCUCAAAUGCUAAAAGAAAUUGAGAGGGUAAAGGGUGAUCUCUAACCUUUCAUUGCUUUCUCUCUUAUUUAUUCUCGGUCCUAUUUAUAAAAUUAAUGAUGAGAGAUUAUACUUUAUUCCCUCAAUUAUUAAAAAAAUUGAGAGGAUCUAUUUCCUUUUUUAUUCGGGUUAUUUAUUUGUAACUAGGUAUUUUUUUUUACGCUGUGAAACAUUUGCAGUAGAAUAUGCAUGUGUGAAGACCAAAACCAAAUUGUUUGACAAGUUUUAUGUGAUUUGUGAAGUACUA